UCUCGUCGACAGACAGACGAGGUGAUAAUGAAAGUGUUGACUCCGAUACGACAACGACGGCGACGCGACAAGGGCCGUGACACGUGAAUCGCCAUUACCUGGUGUCGGUUCCGGUCGUUCUGUGUUGGUUAGGUACCAGGUGAUAACGAGCAUCUCCCGGCCACCCUCAUCAAUUGGUUCGGCGAUACCCACUAGCUAGGCAGGCUGGUGUUGGUGCUUCUUCCCGUUCAAGUAGUGCCUAGGUCUUCGAAGUUGGGCUGCUGGCCGCAGUUCGGUUCGGUUGGCAUUCGAGGGCAGUCAGAUUCGCGCGUGCGCCCGUCCGCCUCUAGACUGUUGUUGAAGUUCAGGGUCAUGCUCUAAAACUGGAGCGCUGAGUUCGGUGCGGUUUCGAUCCAGUUUUGUCUUAAAUAGUGUGAUGCGUCCGUCAUCGUCGUAGUCGUCGUCGUCGCCGUCGCCGUAGGCUUCGUUAUCGAGUAAGAAGCGAUUUCGCACGCCAUUUCGUUUUGAUUGUUGGUGCGUUGUGCUACGAGAGUUGGCGGUUGAUAUUUGCAAAAGGCUUUUAUGAGCACAAACAGUGCACUUUGGUUCGGAAUACGUCGUUCGUAGUCUGAUAAGAGGAACCGAGUGAGCGAGGCAUCGCCAUGGGAAAUAUUUCCUUGUAUGUGGGUGCGACUUCCGUUAGUGGAGAAUCGUUGGCAAAAUGGCUAGACAAAGCGAUGUCGACGGUUGCUCAUUUUCCGUGCCACUGAAUCCCACCCGCUACUGUAACAACCCCUUCUGCUCGUCGUCAGCCUUCACCCCAGCAAGCAGCAAUGUCAACGAAAGCCGUGCCACCCCCUUCGUCGGGGCCUCCCUCAGCAUCCCCGCCGCAAUUGCCGCCAACCCCCGCGCCAGUCGUAGUGUUGCAUUCGGCGAAGGUACCGGUCGUUGUUGAACACCACCCGGCGGCUCCGGCGGGAUCUACGGCGGUGGUUCGGGUACUCCCCCUCGCGAAGGACUCCGCGGACAACACCCGAACGCUGAAGAACCUCUCCAACGAUCUGAGCGAACUGCUAGUGAAAAAUCUCAGCUUGAAGCGCAACAGUGAGGGUUUCUGUGGAACGGUUGUAGUGGAAGACCCUUUGAGGGACGAAUCCAGCGUUGGAGGAGGCGGCGAUGACCGCCACUACAGUAGUGAUAGUUUAGGUUUAAUCACCCGAAGCAAGCAGGCGAACCGAAACUCGCUGUGCGAUACGUUCAGUUCGGUGAAUAAGCUGAUUAAGCUGAAACGUGUGUCCAGUGAUAGCAGUAGCAUUAGUGGUUAUACGAAGAUUUAUCAUCCCGGCGGGGUGGAUGUGCCCGGUCAGCAGCAUAGCAUCAAUCCACCUCCGCAGGCCAAGUUCAAACGUGUCGAAAUAAGUGUCCAAGAAUUGCCCGCGGAAUCGAUUGUCCCACGGAAGGGCAUCAUAGUGAAUCAGUUCGAUCAAUUUGUUUCCUCGACGAAUGAAAGUGAAAGUGUGCCUCUGUUAGCAAAUAAAAAGCCUACUUGGGAAGUGGGAUCCACGGGCAACGGAGAAGUGCUGGGAGGGUCAAAAGUUCCCAAUUGUGACAGUGUGGGUGUCAAGUUUCGCCGAAGGAUUCAGCAUCCGGUGGCGGCGGGCAGGGUCGUUGUUGGUCCCACGCUGGAGGCGGUAGAAGAAGAGCGUUACAAGCGAAGAAGCCUGCAGUGGCCUUUGGGAUUGGGACCGGGUGGGUGGGGAAGUGAGGCGGUGUCAGCGGAAGCGGAAACUGCGGAAGAGUCAACGAUUAUCGACGACGAGGACGGUCAGUCGGUGGACGACGGCGGAGUAGGGGAGGAACGUAGGCGAAAAACCCAUUUUCGACACUCGUGGAACGCUCCGGGGUACGAUUUGCUGCUGGAGGAGAAUCGGAGUGCGGAUUCGAGGAAGGACUUUGCAUCCAUCGUGCACAACCUGGCUGGUUUACGGAGCGCACUCGCCAAUGGCGGUUCCCACGAGUCCGCAUCGCUGCUGGAGCCACAUUCACCACAAUUUAGUGGCCCUCGGCCGUUGGUCGUUUCCGGGAGUACAGGAGGAGGAGGAGCAGCAGGAAACCUGCAAGCCAAUCGUCGAUCCCCAGUUGGUUGCAAUCCAUCCUCACCGGUAGUGCCAUCGAUGGCCAACGACGGGAGUCAUCCGGUUUCCCUAGGGGCUCCGGUGCCUCGGAAACGUAGACUGGAAGCAUUUCUCAAAAGCCUGGUUGGUAGGAGGCCUUCGAAGGAACCCCCGCCAGCACCGCCCCCUCCGCCAGCUCCUCCUCAAUCGAUAGCAACCAACGUACCCCUUCUGGCGUCGCCUGAGAUUAAGAUAAGCAAGAGCCCCUCCGAGCACAACCUGGUCGAGAUGACGCGAAGUAGACUUAACAUUUCAACGACUUCGCUCAGCUCCGUACAUCAAAAGCUGUGGUCGGUGGUUCCUCUGCUGAAGAAAGACGUCAGCUGCACUAGUUUGGCACCGCCGAAGUCCGUGCCUCUGCUGGGGUCGCAGCCGAAAGGCGGCCUACGGAAGUGCGAAACAGUCCUCGCUUUGACCAAUGCCGCCCAAUCGGUCGAACCCAUCAAACCGCAGAAUCGAUUACGUAAUUGUGCUUCGGUGGCCACGUGCUCCCGUUGUUCUAGUCUCCUAUCUCUCGCAGCGGCCGGAUCGCGGUACUCCCUCAACCUGUCCAAUGGUGGCUUUGUGGCCGUUGGUGGCGGCGGCGGCGGCACCAACUCGCAGCCUGCCGGAGGAACAGCCGGCAAACACGUGGGCAGUCUACUGCGACUUACGAAAACCUCGUCGGGAACCUCGUCGUCCUCCUCAUCCUCGUGCUCCUCAUCACCGUCGGGAUCCUCGUCCUCCUCGUUGUCGAACAGCAGCAGCCGGGCGUCGGUAACGUCGAAAGCGGCCAUGCUGGUGGCACCGCCAAGUCCUACGAUUGUGACCGCCAGCGGCGGUGCGCUGCCUGCCCUCAGUCCGAUCGUGAAAUUUACGUGUAAACUGUGCCUCGGCGAGUAUAGCGCCGAGAACCUCACCCGGAUAUCGCAGUGUGGCUGCUCGUUCUGUACGGAGUGUAUGACGGCGUACAUCGAGUUCGAGAUCUCCGAAGGUGCUUACGAGGUGUCCUGUCCGGAUGCGAUGUGUCCCGCCCAGGGUAUCAUCACGAUCGGCGAGAUAACGACGCUGGCAUCGCCCUCGCUGGUGGAUAAACACCACCGUUAUCGACUGAAUAGAGAAGUAGAACUGGAUAAGUUCCGCACCUGGUGCCCGCGGGCGGGCUGCGAAACGAUCUGCCAAGUCGGCGGGCAGAACCAUGCGGCGACGACGCAGCAACCGAACCACGCCCACCAACAACCGAACAGUAACGCGUCUUCCGAUAGAAUAUUGCAGCUGCCGACAUCCUCGUCGGGUCUGCCAUCGCCCUGCGCAGUGCACUGUCCGACCUGCCGGGAGGACUUCUGCUCCGGUUGCAAGAAGGCCUGGCACCCAACGAUGUCCUGCGAGGAGAACACCCGCCGGCUGGCGGCCGACGGCCAAACGGACGCCCUCGGCAUUCCCUUCGACAAUGAUCUCAUCAAGUGCUGUCCGAUGUGCGCCGUGCCCAUCGAGAAGGACGAAGGCUGUGCGCAGAUGAUGUGCAAACGGUGCAAGCACGUCUUCUGCUGGUACUGUUUGGCUAGUUUAGACGACGACUUUUUGCUACGACACUACGACAAGGGUCCCUGCAAGAACAAGCUCGGUCACUCGCGGGCUUCCGUGGUGUGGCACCGGGCGCAGGUUAUCGGGAUCUUUGCCGGGUUUGGAAUUUUGUUGUUGGUGGCCUCGCCGCUGCUGCUCCUGGCGGCACCCUGUAUCGUGUGCUGCAAGUGUCGCAUCUGCAGUGGUGCUGCCAAACUCGAGGAAACCGAGGUGGACUAUGACGACGCAGCGACUGCACUGCCGACUCAACGAUAAGGCGGGGGUUCUGCCCAACUCACACACACUGAUUGUAGAAAUAAGUUUUUUUUCUUUGAACUUCUAUUCAUUUCACUUUAUGACUUCCUGACGAUAAUAAUGCUGUUGAAAAUGUAGAACGUCGUUUGGAGAUGAAGUACAAACAAUGUGGAUUUGAUUAACAUUACCCAGGUAACCAAUAAGCAGUUAAAAUGGCAUUAAUUCUGCACUAUAUACGCCUUUACAGCAGGUCAUUAAAUGCUAAUUUGCCGUAUAUGCGCCAUACGUGCUACUUAAAUGCAGGUUUUGGCCCAAUAUACGGCUGAUUAAAUGCUUAAUUUUCCUAUCCCCCAGAUUGUCAAAAAUAAAAACAAAAUAUUUCCCCCUGCCCAUUUUACGGCUUCCCUUUCUCUUCUAUUUUUAUCCUCACUCUCCUGUGCAACUGUUGAGGCUUGGGGGCACACUUUGAAAUGUUGUUGUUGUUUUUUGGCUGAUUGCGGUGAAAUUGGGAUUUGAUCUCUCGAUCCUCGGGUUGACGACAGUGCUGAAUCGCGCUACGAUGUAAGCUAUAGAUGGUUAAAUAAUGUGCGUUGGGUUUUUGAUCAAUUUAAAGCUUGAACAUUACAUCGGCCAGUGGCUUCGUCAGAUAUGAGAUGUUCCCGGCAUGUGCUGAUAAUUGCAAAUAGCCAAAACCAUGAAAUAUAUUUGCCAAAGCAUGUUUUUUCAGUUGCUACUCUAUAAAUGACAGGACAAGUGAAUGAUAAUGGCAUCUACAGCCGGGGCACGUAAAUUAAAAAGUGAAAAUGUGUUGUGGGUUUAGCAUCACUCAUCCCACCUAGCAGUUUUAUAGCAAUAAUGUAGCAAUUAUACUGCUAGUUGAUCAAAACAAACCGUGCAUCUGAAAUGCUACAUAACUGAUGUCAGAUUUUAAGUAGCAUUUCAAUUGCUAAUAGAGAGCAGUUUAGCAGUCGAACUGCUAUCAUACGGCAGUAAGCAGGUCAACUGCAGAUAUAAAACAGAAAUACGGCUUAUUCAAAUGCUUAUUGGUUACCUGGGUAGUCAUGCUUUUGUUACGUAGUCUGACUUGGUAAAAUGUAAUGUAUUUUAAGACAAACAUUUCAUUUGUAUAUUUUUUUUUUGUUUCACACUGUGUCGCAUCGAACCUUUGAAGUUGUGAUGUCCAAGCCUCUAUCUGUCCUAAGGACAAUCCAACUCGAUUCUGUUUCAGAAUUCGAUUUCAUCUUCUUGCAUUCUCUCAAUUGGGGAGAUCUCAUGCAGAUUUGCUUUAUGGCCUUUUGACAAUAAACAAAUUCUGUGAUGUUGAGACUUCCUCCAGGGAUUUCUUUAGAAAUCCCUACAAACAUGGGCGUAGCCAGCUUUUCGGACAGGAAGAGGGGGGGGGGGGGGGGCAGGCGCCCUUAUCAAAUUUUCACCUUCUACUAUUUGAGGGGUCCAGAUGCAAAGGGGUGUAAGUGACCUUUUUGUCGAUUUUGAGCUGAGUAUAUCGACAAAUUCUUCAGUUUUCAAGCUUUUAGGAACUUUUUAAGUUAGUUUCUACGAUGAUUAGAAAAAUUACAAUAAAUCGGCGAAAUUUGGGAUGAUUUUGAAACUCCAUACAUUUUGUAUGGGAUGAAAAUUUGACGAAAAACUUUAGGCCUCAUUUACUCGAAAGUAGGUUUUGGUCACUUACACUGCCGUGAAUCGCAUAUCAGUCCCAUCUUUGCUGGAUUUCCUAUACAAAUGGGACAGAUAUGCGAUUCACGGCACCCGAGUAAAGUCUGACAGCAAAUUGAAAACAAAUUUUGAUGUUGUGAUAUUGCAAAUUAUGAUAACUCAGGUUGUUAUCGUUUUGGUCGUUUUAACGGUUAAAACAUCAAAAAUGAGAACAGAAAAAUGUUCCCGUAACAUCAAGUUAAAACAAUUUCUGCUAUCAGUGAUAGCAAAUUGAUAACUGUUUUUUGCUAUCAGUACGAAAAAAUGGAAAAAUCGUUAAAUAUAGGGGUUUUUCGAUUGAUAUGAAAUUCUGAAUGCCAUAAGAUAAUUACACUAAUGAUAUGAUCUUAAAAUUUAAAAAUAACUUAAAAACUUAUUUUUUAUAAUAGUUUGGAAUAGUAAGCAAGCAGCUGCCUUUUUGCUAAAGUGUCGAUAGAGGCGCUUUUCUGAUAAAUGCGGUAAACGUGAUAACAGUGUAAAUCAUGAGCGAUAGUUCCGCUACGGAUUCGUAGAUGGCGCUAGUGUUCCACGUGUUUUUCACAUAUACAGCGUCGCCGCCUGCACCUAUCCACUCAGAAACAUCAUGCGCAGCAAGGGUGAAAAAUGCCAGUCAGAAAAAAAGAAGUAAACAGCUUGAAAUUUGUAUGGUGGCGUAAUAAAUUCUCUGUUACUGUAAUGAAUCCGGAAGAAACGCAUAGGUAUAACGAUUUUGUUUCUAAUUUGCAACUUUUUGCCCCAGGGUACAAAUCGUUGCGAUGCGGAACAAGUGCAAGCCAGCGAUUUGUUCAUACAAGAAAAAUGAUUUUACUUUUAAUGUGGUGGCGCCAUCUCUGAGAAAAACAAGCUUUGAUUUCUUACUAUUACAGCAAAACGAAAUCUAAAUUUGAAAUCAAAUUUAGUCAAGACAGACUGAUAUCAAAAUGUGAUAUCAAUUUGCUGCUGAAUACAAAUCGAGUUUUCGAUUUGCUAUCAUUUUGUUGUUAGACUCUGCUCGGGCAGUACACCCCUUUGCUUAUGACCCCCUCAUUUAUAAUUAAACGCAACACGAUGAAAUUAAAUAUAAUAACAUUAUAUCCUUGUGGAGCGGACCUGGUGUGAUGGUUAGAGCACUUGACUAUCACUCCGAGGACCUGGGAUCGAAUCCCACUCCCGACAAACACGCAAAAUGCGAGUUCUUCUUUCGGAAGGGAAAUAAAAGCGUGGGUCCCGAGAUGAACUAGCCUAGGGCUAAAAAUCUCGUAAAUACAGAUAGAGAAAAAAAAAAUUAUAUCCUAAUUGCAUUAUUUCACCCUUCAGCAGUUAGCUGUUGUAUUUUGUACGAUACGUUGGGAAAAAACUCGCCUGUUCUACACAAAUUAACGUGGUGUAGCGAUGGCCAAUUUCAGGAAGAUUUUGGAUUUUUAUUAACUCGUGCGUUUUUUCGCUUAUUGUAAGAAAAUGGAAUUCCGGAGUAAACUUCUGAGGAAACUGCUGGAGAGUUCCUGAAGAGCCUCUGGAUAAGUUCUUUGUUUAUGUAUGUGUUAUUUUUAUAUUAUCUUCCAAUACUAUUCGCUGGAAUAAUCCUCCAGAAAUUCUUAAAAUAAUUAAAAAAAUAUCAGGUAAUCCUGGAGAAAGUAAUCUUUAUUGAAGGAUUUCUGAAAUUUCUAAUGAAACUCCUGCAUGAAUUUUUGAAGAGAAACUAAGAGGAAUUCUGAAAUAAUCACUUCAGAAAUUCCCGAAGCAAUCCCUGGAGGAAUUUCUGAAAGUAUACCUGGAUAAAUUCUGGGAGGAGUCCCUAGAGAAUUUUUUGAAGAAAUCUCUUGAGGAAUUCCUAGAAGAAAUCCUUGAUAAAUUUCUGGAAAAAUUUCUGGAGGAAUUCUGGAAGAAAUCUCUAGAAAAUUUUCUGAGGAAAUCUCUUGAGGAAUUCCUAGAGGAAAUCUUUGAAAAAUUUCUGAAGGUAUCCUUGAAGGGAUUCUUGGAGGAACCCCUGAAAGCAAUUCCUAGAAAAAUCUUUAGAGAGAAUCCUGGAAGAACUUCUGAACAAGUUCGUGGUGUAAUUCCUGGAUGAGUUCUUGGAGCAAUUCCUGGAAGAAAUUCUGGAGAGUUCCUGAAGAAAUCUCCGUGAGAAUUCUGGGAGGAAUUCCUGAAGAAAUUUCUGAAAAAAAUCCUUGAGAAGUUCCAGGAGGAUUUCUUGGAAUAAUCCUUGGUAGAAUUUCUGGACGAUUUCCUGGAGGAAUCUUCGAAAGAUUUCUUGGAGGAAUCUGUGGAGGAAUCCCUCGGGGAAUCCCUAGAGCAAUUCCUGGAGGAAUAUCUGGAGGAUUUCCUGGAGAAUUCCCUGAAAGAGGAUUUCCCGGAGGAAUUUCUAACAUAAUCUCUGAAGAAUGUCCAAGAGUAUUUCCAGGGAACAUUCCUGGAGGAAUUCCUAAAGAAAUGCCUGGGGUAAUUCCUGGAGGUAUUCCUGGAGGAAUUCCUAGAUGUAUUCCUGUGGGAAUACCUAGAGAAACUCCUGAAAGAAAUUCUUGAAUGAAUUACUGGAUGAAUUUCUGGAGUAAUCUCUAAAGGAAUUCUGAUGAAUUUUUAUUUCUAUUUUAAUUGUUUUUCUAUUUCUGAAAAAAUCCCAUGAGAAAAUUCCCGGAAUAAUUUCUAGAGGAUUCUCGAGAGAAAUUCCUGGAGGAAACCUUGAAUUAAUUCCUGCAUCGCUGGGGGGAAUCCUUAGAGAAAUUUGUGAAAAAAAACCUGGAGAAAUCUCUGAAGCAAUUCCCGGAGGAAUAUCUGGAGAAAUGCCUAAAAAAAUCCUGAAGGCAUUCCUGGAAGAAUCUUUGGAUGAAUUUCUCCAGGAUUUCCUGGAGGAAUCUUCGAAGGAUUUCCUGUAGAAAUUCCUGGGAAAAUCCCUGGAGAAAUUCGUGGAGAAAUCCCUGGAGCAAUCAGUGAAUGGAUCUCUGGAGAAAUUCUUGGAGAAAUGCCUGGAGGAAUCCCUGAAAAAUUCCUGAAGGUAUUCCAGGGGAAUUGCCUGGAAGAAUUUCUGAAGAAAUCCCUAGAGGAUUUCCAGGAAAAAUUAGUUGAGGAUUUCCUGGAGAAAUUCCUGGAGGAAUUGCUGCUACAAUUUCUGAAGAAUGUUCAGGAGCAAUUCCUGAAGAAAUUCUUGGUGUAAUUCCUGGAGGAAUCCCUGGAGGAGUUCUCAGAGUAAUUCCUGGAGGAAAGCCUGUAGGAAAACUUGGAGGAAUUCAUAGAUUUAUUUAUUGCUGGUGGAACCCUUAAAGGAUUUCCUGGAGAAAAUUCUAGAGAAAUUCUUGAAAUAAUUACUGGAUGAAUUUGUAGAGGAAUCUCUAGAGGAAUUCGGAGAGAUUUUUAUAUCUAUUUCUAUUAUUUGUCUAUUUUGGAAAAAAAUAUCUUCAGAUAUUUCUGGAGGAAUUCCUGGAGAAUUUCCUGGAAGAAAUUCUGAAGAAAUCCCUAGAGCAUUUCUAGGAAGAUUCUUUGGAGGAAUUUCUGCAUGAUUUUCUGGAGAAAUCUUCGAAGGAUUUCCUGGAGGAAAAAUCCCUGAAGAAGUUUUUGGAGUAAUGCCAGGAGGAAUCCCUAAAAAAAAUCCUUGGGAGGAUUUCCAGGAGACAUUCCUGGGGAAAUUUCUGAAAAAAAUCCUUGAGAAGUUCCAGGAGGAUUUCUUGGAAGAAUCCUUGGAAGAAUUUCUGGAGGGUUUCCUGGAGGAAUCUUCGAAGGAUUUCUUGGAGGAAUCCCUGGAGCAAUUCCUAGAGAAAUUCCUGGAUAAAUUCCUGGAGCAAUGCCGGGAGGAAUUCCUACAUGUGUUCCUGUGGGAAUACCUGGAGGAAUUUCUGGAGAAAACUCUAGGGAAUUUCUGGAGGAAUUCCUGGAAAAUUUUCUGGAAGAAUUUCUGAAGAAAUCCCUGGAGGAUUUCCUGGAAGAAUCUUCUGAGGAAUUUUUGCAUGAUUUCCUGGAGAAAUCUUCGAAGGAUUUCCUGGAUGAAUCCCUGGAAAAAUCCCUGGAGAAAUUCGUGGAGAAAUGCCAGGAGGAAUCCCUGAAAAAAUCCUUAAGAGGAUUUCCAGGAGAUAUUCCUGGAGAAAUUUCUGACAUUAAUUCUGAAGGAUGUCCAGAAGCAAUUCCUGGAGAAAACCCUGGAUAAAAUCCUGGAGGAAUGCCUAGAGGGAUUCAUGGAGUUAUUCCUGUGGGAAUUGCUGUAGGAAUCCCUGAAAAAAAAUCCUAGUGGCAUCUCUAGAGAAAUUCUUGAAACAAUUACUGUAUGAAUUCCUGGAGAAAUCUCUAGAGGAACUCAGGGAGGAAUUUCUGAAAAACAAUCCCUCUCUCUCUCUUCUUGGCGUAACGUCCUCACUGGGACAAAGCCUGCUUCUCAGCUUAGUGUUCAAUGAGCACUUCCACAGUUUUUAACUGAGAGCUUCCUCUGCCAAUGACCAUUUUGCAUGUGUAUAUCGUGUGGCAGGCACAAAGAUACUCUAUGCCCAAGGAAGUCAAGGAAAUUUCCUUUACGAAAAGAUCCUGGACCGACCGGGAAUCGAACCCGUCACCCUCAGCAUGGUCAUGCUGAAUACCCGUGCGUUUACCGCCUCGGCUAUAUGGGCCCUGCCCGUGAGAAAUUUAUAGAGGAGUUUCUGGAGGAAUUCCUGGAGAAACCUUCGUUAUAAUUUCAGAUGAAAUCCCUGGGGAAAUUCAUGGAGAAAUUCAUGAAGAAAUCCCUGGAAAAAUCCCUGAAGAAGUUCAUGGAGGAAUUCUUAGAGGAGUUCCUGGUAGAAUUCCUGGAGGAAUCUCUGCAGCAAUUCCUAAAGGAAAAUCUGAAAGAAUUCCUAGAGGAAUCUCCAGGAAAAAUUCCAUGAGGUAUUCCUAGAGAAAAUCCUGGAAUAGUUUCUGAAGGAAUCCCUGAAGGAUUUCCUAGAGAAAUUCCUGGAUGAAUUGCUGACAGAAUUUAUGAAGGAAUGCGCAGAAUAAUUCCUGGUGAAAUUCCUGGAGGAAUCCAUGAAAAAAUUCCUGGGAUAAUGUCUGAAGAAAUUCCUUAAGGAGACCUUGGAGAAAUUCCUGGAUGAAAUCCUGGAUGAAUCCCAGGAUGAAUUCCUGAAGCAAUCCCAGGAGAAACUCCUGGAUGAACUGCUGGAGAAUUCCUGAAGGUAAAUCUGGAAGAAUUCCUGGAGGAUUUGAUGAAAGAAUUCCUGGAGAAAACUCUUCAAGAAUCCAAGGAGGAAUUCCUGGAAGAAAGCCUAGGAGAGUUCCUGGUGGACUUCUUGGAGGAAUCCCUGAAGCCCUGGAAAAAUAUUUGGAAGAAGUCCUGCAGGAGUCUCUGGAAAAAUCCUUGGAGGAAGCCUGUAGGAAUUUUUAGGGGAAUUCCUGGUGAAAUUCUUGGAGGAAUCCCUGAAGCAUCUGCUUGAGAAAUCUCUGGCGGAAUGCCUAGAGGAAGUCCUGAAGAAAUGCAUGGAGGAAUCGCUGAAAAAAAUCCUGUAGCUAUUCUUGGAGGGUUUCCUGGAGGAUAUCUUAGAGAAAUGUCUAUAGAAAGGCCGAGAGAAAUUACUGGCGGAUUUUUUGGAGGAAUCUCUUGAGGUUAUCACUAGAGAAACUCCUGGAGGAAUCCCUGAAGAAAUUCGUGGAGAACUCUUUUAAGGAAUUCCUGGAGAAAUCCCAGGAAUGAUUCCUGAAGAAAUUGCAGAUGGAAUUCUUGGAGAAAUCCUGAAGGAAUCCUAAGAAGAGUUCGUGGACGAACUCCUUGAAGAAUCUCCGUGGCAGCUCCUGAAGAAACCCUAGGUGGAAUCCUUGAAGCAUUUCCAAGAGUCAUUCUAAACGGAAUCCCUGAACAGUUCCUGGAGGAAGUACUGGAUAAAUUCCUGGAAGAGUUCCUGAAGGAUUUCCAAGAGGAAUUCCUGAAUGAAUUCCUAAAAGAGUUCCUGGAGAAAUCCUUGGUGGAAUUUUCUAAAUAAUCCCUGGAGUUGUUUCUGGAAGAAACACAAAAAAAAAAUCCCGGGUGAAUCCCUGGAAAAAUUUUUGGAGGAAAACCUGGAGGAACAAAACUGAAAUAAUAAUUUAUGUAAAAUAAUAUUGAGCUAAGUAAAAACAGUAUUUAGAAUUUCCUUCUGAAAUACCAGAGUAUUCAUCAGAAUUUCAAGAAAUUAUUCAGGAAUUUCAGCAAGGAGUUUCUUUAAAAGUUCUUUCAUAUAUUUUUUCAACAACUUUUCUAAAAAAAAUCUUCACAAAACUUACAGUAAUUCGAAAAAUUCUUCCCAAGGCUUCUUCAAGAGUUCUUUUAGGAAUUCCUUCGGUACUUUUCUGCAGAAAUUCCUACGAGGAUUUUUUUUUUUGAAAUUGCUUGUGCCAUCAUUAAUAUUCCCUGAGAUUUCUGAACAGAUUCCUUCAGCAUUUAUUCAGAUAUUCCUCCACGGAGUUUUCAACAGUUCUUCCAUGAAUUGCAAAAAAACUACUGAAAAAAUUAAGGAAUUUCUGAAGGGAUUUCUAAGAAACUCCUGGAGGAUUUUCUCAAAAACAAAUUCUUAAAAGCUCCUGCAGAUACCUUUGGGAAUUCCUAAAUGGAAUUUUUGAAAAUGUUUAGGAGGGAGGAAAUCCUGAAGCAAUUUCUGAAGUUAUCUCUAGCCUAAGAUAAUACCUAGGAGAAUACCUGAAGAGAAGUUUUACGAUACCCCCUUAAUUCUCACAAAUCAAUCAUGAGAGACGUAUGAAAGAACACUACAAGUAAUUCAAAGAAAAAAAUGCUUUAAAAACUUCUGAAUGUUUUGCUGCAAAAAAUCCGGUGGGGCAUUUCUGAAGAAACCGCAGACAAAAGUACCGGUGGAAGUCUUGAAGAAAUCCUUCAGUAAACUUCUGAGGGAUCCCUGGAAGAUUUUCUGAAGGGUUUCUUGAAGAACUCCUGGAGGAAUUCUUAGAAAAAAAAUCUCAUGCAAUUUCUAAAGGGAUUUGUACACAAAAAUCCCCUAUCUACUAUCUGGAGAAAUUUCUGAAGGAAAUCCUGCAGAAACAAUAAACAAAAAUCCUGGAGGAAUUCAUUAGAGAACCACUGAAAAUUGAAUGAAUUUUUGUUUUUUUUUUUACUAAUUCCUAAAAGAGCUGGAGAACCCUCUGCAGGUUAUCGUAAAAGCAUUUCUUCAAAAAUUCUGGCGUAAUUUCUACAUGAAUUGUAGAGUGAAUGCUCGAAAAAAUCUGAAAGUAUCCCUGAAUAAAUUCAAAAAAAAAAAAUGUCUGUAUGAAUACCUGAAGGAACUAUUGAAGGAACUAUUGAAGAAACUUCCCGAAAAAUAUCUUGAGAAUUUUCUAGAAGAAUUUCCAAAUAAAUGCCCGAGAAAAUCCCUGAACAAAUGCUGUAAUACGGGGGCAUCCAUAAAGUACGUCACGCUUAGAGGGGGGAGGGGGUUUUGAAAAGUAUGACAAGCAAUGUAUUAAAAAUGUUUCUGGGAAUUUGUGAAUUUUCUAAAGGAAAGUCCUGAAGGUAUUUGUCAAAGAAAUUUUCGAAUCUUUGAGGGAUUUUUAGAAGAAAUUUCAAAGAAAUCCCAAAGAAAAACUGCUUGAAAAAAAUCUGGCAAUAUUACUGGAAUUAUUACAGAAAUAUUACAGAAAUUUUUGAAAAAAAAACUGAAAGGAAUACAAAGUUGCAGGAAUUUUCUAUAUAAUCCCUUAAUAAAUUCUUGGAGGAAUUUCGGUGGAAAUUUCUGAGGAAUUGCAUGGACAAAUUUCAAGUUUGAUUUUUUGAAAAAUUUGUUGAGAUCCUCCUGAAGAAGUGCCAAGGAAAACUCCUGAAAUUUUCAAAGAAAUCCAUGGACAUGACUGUAUUUUGAAGGGAUACUUAGAAGAAUAUUUAACCUUCCUAACGCUGGGAACAGCUCGCUGACGUAGUAUGGGUAAUGCACAAGGAGAGUUGGAGGAAAUCUUGCUGAAGAGUCAUUCUAAGAAAUCCUGCGAUAAUCUUCUUUCUGUAAACAUUUCAGAAUCUUUUUGAUAAAUCCUUAAAGAAUUUCUGGCUUUGUUUCUGAAGGUAAUCCUGGAGAGCUUUCUUGGAAUUUUAAGAAAAAUUCUUGGAAAAUUCGUAAAAAGAUUUCCAGCAGGGCGCUGAAAUUUGGAAACCUUGAGUAACCAUUUCUGAUUUUUUUAUGACAGCACUUUUCAACCUUUAAAUUUUCUUGUCUAGGUAUCUAAUUCAGGGUAGUUUGGUGUAUUCUUUGGUGAAAUAAUUCUCUACAUAAUUUUCUACAUACUUCUAAUUGCAUUUUUAUAAGAUCUUGAAUGAAUUGCAAAUAAUUUUGACAGAUUCUUUGUGAGAUCAUUCCUGGAAUAACAACACGAUUCGAUUGAAUCUGUCCAUGUUUAUUGGUGUAUAUGUGUGUAUUGAAUUGCUCAUAACAUGCUUCACGAACUUAUGAAGAAAACAUUACAGAUAAUAUGCAGUGAGAUUUUUGUACAGGGUCGUUACAAAUAUUUAUCUCAUCCCAGGAGGAAGUGCUUCUACGGAGUGACAUUAACUUUCUUAGCAACGUCACUCCGAACGUUUUUUUUCUUCGAAUUCAUACUACAUACUACCCAGUUAACACGAAGUCGCAUUUGAUGUUGCUAAAGUUGGAUGCUAAAGUGGAGGCCAUGUGCGUACCUGCUUCCAGUUUUCCACGUGUUAAGGUGAAACAUCAAGAAAUCCCAUUGCAAUUUUGCAUACAAACUUUAGAGGCACAAAUCUGACGAACGAAGCAUUGAACCAAGCCGCACAUGUUUAUCCUGGCUAUGCUCACUUGCAAAAAGAGGCAGCUUUUCCAAAUCGAUUGCAUUUGUUUACAAAUUUUUGAGAUUGGUGCUCUUGAAAACGUGAGUAGGGGUCCAAGUCGGCCAUUGUGGCAGCCAUAUUUGUACUCUCUGAUGUAUCUUCUUAAGUGUACGCAUAUCGCCUCCACUUUAGCAUUAGCAUCCUAUUCAACAUCAUAUGCGGUCGUGUGUCGACUGGGCUGGCAGACGAGAUGUCGCCCUUCCAUGUUUAAUUACAAAUGUAAUCAAUGACGCUGCACAGUAGGCCUGGCCGCUUCAAUGCUUGGUUGAUAAUGACAAGAAAAAUGAUAAAAGUAGUCGAUUUUAUCAUUUUCCAGGAUUCUUCCAAGAGAUGGCUGUGUAUGUGUAGACUAGACUAGACUAGGGUCGUUACAAAUAUUUAUCUCACCUUUUGUCCUACUGUUCUUCGUCUGGUAGAGGAAAGGAGUGUAAAUAAAAUAAUUAUUUAAAAAAAAAAUAACCAAAAAAAACUGGCGGAUUCAUUAAGAAAGUUUUGGAAGACCCGUUAUUUUGACAAAUAUGAAUUAAAACACCCCCUUUGAAAAGACAAGAAUUCAAAAUUAAAUUUGUAGUAGGCGCUGUCCAUAAACUACGUAGUCUCAAUUUUGACAAUCUCAGACAGCCUAACAAGCUCGAUAUUUCAUGAUACAAACUUGUUGCUCAAAAAGUUAAAUAUUCCGUACACAUCUCAAUGAAUAUCGUCCUUCAUUACCAAUAUCUGUUGAAUAUACUAUGCUGAAAACAAUUUUUAAUUUCUUUAUAAUGCAAAUUCUGAUCCAAAACUAAUAUUCAUUUGUCAACCUGCUCAGCAACAAACGAAACCUACUAAUCAACAGCGUUCUGAAUUGAAGUCAGUUUCAAAUUUCGAAAACAAUAAACAAAAAACCUUAGAUAAUGAUAAACAACACACUUAAACCCAUAUAACAGAGAGAUGAAUGCAAGAUAUAAAUGUUAACUGAAUUGUGAUAUUUAAAAAGUGAUUCGAAUUACGAGUAGUAGUUGGCUAGUAAACACACACAAUACAGCAAACACGACACUGUAAUGCAAACACUCUGUAAUGUACUGGUAAAGCCAGAUUUGUCGAAGUAUUCAAACAUUAAAAGAAACAAAAAAAAGAAGAACACAGUAAAAAAACAACUUAUAAUAAACUGAUAAUAUAUAACUUAUAACUCCUGGUAGACCCACACACACUAGUUGAACUGUAACCAACAAAGAUAGAAAAUCUCAGUACGACGAAGCAAAUGGAAACAAUAUCCAAAAUGGUAACGUUUGAUCACAAGUGUAGUACGAAUUUCGAAAUCCGAUAUUUACUCCCAAUCAACUUUCAAUAUCUUUGUGUGUGUGAUCGUUGCUACGUUUCGAUAUAGGUAAACUGAUGUUAUACAAAAAAUCGUCGAUCGAGCGGAGAAAGUAGGAAAUGAAAAACCAUUUUAUUAGAAGAAGAAAAUGUAUAACAUCCCCUGCUACCAUAGCGAAAUCAUCAAUUUAUGUGUCUGCAAGUUGCUACCCACAUGGAGUGUGCACUUAAUUUACUACCAAGUGUACAAUCAACCAAUAUUCCAAAUGUCAAAAGAGCUGUUCGCUUGAUUCUUUCCUUUUAGCGAAUGAAAAUCCCCCUUCUCUAGGCUAGGCUAUUUAAUCCUGUGCAUACCUACGGCCGGCGUAGGAACCGGAACGAAACAAAUCCCGUCAUUGGUACACGAAAAACGAUGCGAUGGGUUUAAAAAAAAAGUUUUAAUUGUGAAAUCUGUUUGGCGCUUCGAGAAGUGGCGAUUGAAUGAAUGAGUUUUGUAGCUUGAAGAGGAAUGCUUUUUGAAGAUGUGAUUGUUUGUCCGUUUUUUAGAUAAAAAUGAACUUUUAGUGCUAAUCGAUAAUUGAGACAACUCGUGAUCAGAUUUGUAUCUAUGAUGAAUUAACGAUGAGAGAAAAUAAACACACACUUAUUAUAUUUAGUUUCGUAUAAGAUGUAACGAGAUAAUGGUUAUUUUACGUUUAGCGUUAUUUAAUGUAGUUAAACUAGAUAAAAGCAAACAGAAAUGCAAACGAUCGAAUAUAAUAAUGAUGAUAUAAUUACAUAAGA